CAAUCUUUGAGAGCGAUCUGAAACUAUAUUCUUGAUCUCCUUACGCACCUCAGCUCAAAAGAAAUAUGACCUCUGGCUGCCUCUAAUUGGAUCAUAGAUGUUGUGAUCGUGAGGGACGGUUUCGGAUCACAUGCGCAUUUCCAUGGCAGUAAAACUUUAAUGUAAGCUGCGGCAAAGAGCUCAUUCAAUCUGCCUUGAAUCGGCGUCUGAGGCUGGAAGCUGCAAAAAGAGUAACUACCGUUACCUUCACAGCUGAGCCUGCAAUGCCCGUUUGAUACUAAGUCCAGCUCUAGUCUCAGUCCAUGCCCACAUUAAUGGGCUCCUGACAACAGAAUUCAAGUUUUGUUUUCUCUUUAUGUAAAGAUCAAAUAAGCAGAAUAAUGAAUCAGGGAAUCUGGAAAGUCUACAAGAGCAAAGUGCUGAGGAGUUUCAGAGCUGAAGAGGAGGAAGAAGUGAAAGAACAGAAGAAUGACUCCGUGAUUGAUAUGGCUACAGAUGAAGGCUCCAGUUCUGUCUCACAGUUGGCAAAAAAGGUACAAGGGGCUAGUGCAAAAGGAUGGAAAUGCAUGUCCUCGCUUUUCAACAAGGAUGAUGAACACAAGUUACUUUCAACUGAGAACACUGCCCCAGUCGAACAUGUCCUUUCAGAGCCGGCGCCGAAAGAGCCCGAGAAGAAACUGACCGGGUUCUGGGACGCGUUCGCCACCAAAUGGAACCAAACCUCCGAGGCCAACAAGGUCAGCGAGGGCGCAGGAGAAGGUGAGGCCGAGGCGGCUGCAAUCCCCGCACACAGUGAAGAUGGAGGGACCGAGAACACAGUGAGUUCCCGGGCCUACACCAACCUGGAGGCGACCAGUGACCCCGGCUUCAAGUGGAACUUUGUAACCAGCAAGUUGGCGGAACUGAAAAAUAGAAACAUGCAAAAAAGCAACUAGGCACACAAGGGGGAGGGGAAUGCUCCUGAAAACGGACAGCAAACAGAGGGAAGUAUCAUAAGAACAUCAUGAACAUGACAAAAUCCCCUUAGAUAGCGACGUCGGUGUAAAAUAACAGGGAGUUAUAGAAAUAAAACCCGGCCGCUGCUGUUUGAAAUAACGAUAGCCUAAAGCUGAAGUCGUUUCUUAUGUUGCAUUCUACAUUAUUUACAUCGCUUCACACCUCAAGAACAAACAAAAAAAAUUGAAGGGUAAUCCCGAAGUCUCUGGGUUCAUAUCACAAUCUGCUCCUUUCAAAAUUGUGGUGAAUACAUUUACUGGGAUAAAUUUUAGAUACACAAGGCGGGUUGAUUGUAUGCCCGUCUUAUACCCCCGAUGCCAACCAAACCAACCCCUUCCAUUCAGCACCCAAGCCCAGACCCACAAAAUCCGUUUCAAAACUUGCCAGAUAAUGUUUGCAGGUUCUGCUCACCACUUUCUAAGCGCCGUAUCAUGGGGCGCAGUAGUCCCAGUUUAAUUUCCUGUUCAAUCUUUCGCCUGUGAAAGUUUCAAAUCAAAAAUCGUGUUAGGAUUCCGGAAAGCAAUGGGCACGAGCUCUGAAAGCGAAAUCUCCGCCUGUGUACAGCCUGGUUGUGUAUACAGAGAGGAAUCAUUCCCCAAGUGUUUAUUCCAACCAUCUAAUGCCGAGGUGUUAGGGAUGGCGGAGGCGGGGAAAAGCAACGAUGGGAUGGGGUGUCGCUGGCUGGACCAGCAUUUAUUGCCCAUCUUCAAUUACCUUGGAGAAGGAAGUGGUGAGCUGCCGGCUUGAACAGUUGUAGCUCUUGGGGGUGUGGGGUAACAUACGACGCUACUAGGAAGGGUUAGGAUUUUGUAUUAGGAUUUUGAUCAAGUGACAUUGAGGAAAUGGUGAUAUAAUACUACGUCAGGGUGCUGUGUGGUCUGGAGGAGAAUUUGCAGGUGAUGGUGUUUCAUCAGCUGGUCUUGUUACUUAUAGGUGGUAGAAACAGUGUGUUUUGAAGAUGCUGUUUUGGACUGAACCUUGUAGCUGGUAUUGAGCUUCAGUGGUGAAUGGAUUGACCCUUGAAAGUAGAGGAUGUGGUGCCAAUCAAGAGAAUGCCUUGUUUGGGAUGGUGCCAAGCUUUGAACGUACUCAUUCAGGCUAGUGGAAACUAGUCAAAUUCUUGACAUGUAUCUUGUAGAUGACGGACGGGUGAGUUAGUUGCUGUAGAAUUCCUGGCCUCUGCACUAUUCUUGUAGCCAUAGUAUUUAUAUGUCUGGUCCAGUUCAGUUUCUGGUCGGUGGUAACCCUCAAAUGCACCUUUAACAUAGUAAAACAUCUCAAUAGACUUAACAGGAGAAAUUAACAAACAAAAUUUUGCACAGAGCUAUGGAAGGAAAAUGUAGAACAUGUGAGAUCGAUUUUAACCAGCAUCUUCGAGAGAGAGAGAGAGCAGAGCGAUUUAGGGAAGUAAAUUUUGAGUUGAUGCAUCAGCAGAGGAAGGCACUGCUGCCAAUGGUGUGAUGAUUAAAACUGAGGAUGGAUGAGAAGCCAUAAUUGGAGGGGUACUAAGGACAGGAAGACUUGUUGGGAUGGAGGAAGUUACAGAAUUGGAUAUGGCUAGGGUGGCCUCGUGAUGGGUAGGCAAUGCUACAGCAACCAGUUAGUUACGUAAUUAAUCAUGGAGAAAAUAUUGCUCAAAUACCUGCCUUCACAAUCAAUAUCAGGGUUUGGCUCAGAACUAUUGUAAGUAUGAUUGAUGGAUGAUACAUUCGCUAAUUUCAAUUAAGUCUAGAGUCCACUUGAUUCUCAUGCCAUACAUUAGCAACAACAGGGAUUUAAGACCGUAGAGUUCUCUUAUUAAACAAUUACAUAGAAUUCUAUAAUUAUAUAGAACAAAUCAGUCCCAGGGAUCACUACAAUGACUGAGAGAGCAAGAUGUGCUAUCAAACCCAGUAUGUCCAGAACAGCAAUAGUUUCCUCUCUCUGACAGAUAUUAACAGUCAGGAUUUGAGUACGAAGCCCCUCAUUACAGGGACGUCUUAUGGGUGGCACAGUGGCUCAGUGGAUAGCACUGCAGCCUCACAGCACCAGGGACCUGAGUUCAAUUCCAGCCUCAGAUGACUCUCUGUGUGGAGUUUGCACAUUCUCUCCAUGUCUGUAUGGGUUUCCUGUGCGUGCUCUGGUUUCCUCCCACAGUCCAAAGAUGUGCAGGUUAGGUGGAUUGGCCAUGUUAAAUUGCCCUUAGUGACUAGAGGUGUGUAAAUUAGGUGGAUUAGACAUGGGAAAUGCAGGGUUACUGGGAAUGGGUCUGGGUGGGAUGCUGUUCGGAGAGGCGGUGGGGACUUGUUGGGCCAAGUGGCCCAUUUCCACAGUGUAGGGAUUCUAUGAAUUAACAGUCUAAUUGUGUCUACUUUCAGUAUCCCUGCACCAACUACCAUUUAUGGCUGUGAGAACAGGUAACAGCAUCCUGCACUUUGUUGAGUCCAGCCAAGACUGGAGACUGACACAUGGGAGUCCUCAAGAGGUUGUCCAACUUGGAGAAGUUCACUGCUUCCUGCAGUAGCCAAUUCUCCCUGAAUCUUGAACUCAGAUCCUUCUUAUGCUUUUUAACAAAUAAAACCUAUUAACUAAAUUAACUAGAUAGCUCCAUAGAAGAGUGCUGUAACUCAAGAUAAAAACGCAAAAGGAAACUUACAGAAUCAAAUUAAAAAUUGAUUUAUUUGCAUGAUAAUACACUCCAGGCCCAGUGGUGCCCAUCUGCCAAGGCAUUCUCUUCUCUCACACUACUCACCAUCAACAUUGGUGUUCAGUGCUCCAGACAGAUAGGGAACAUCUGUCAGCUUCUGAGACAGAAAACAUGGGAAUGCCCUGAUCUGAACUGGGAUUUGGAUCCUGGAUCAUGGACUUAAGUGUUAUCCCAAGUACACCUGCUGCAUUGUUUUCAGUUUUUCCUUUUAUACCUUUAUCGUACAGGAAUGCAGAGCCAGAUGUUUGUGUUGGCUUUAUUGCUUCCUAUAAUAUGCAUGAUUCCAUUGCUUUGUCAGUGUUGUCACUUGCUGUGUA